AUGCUUCUUAAAUUCCAGAAAAAACUACGAAGACUCAAUUCAAAGCAAUUUCUUGUUUUGGGAAGUGCUGUUUUGUUUUUUACAAUGUUAAUGGUAUUUUUUAUCACGGACUGUAACCUGGACUACAAUAAUCAGAAUGGUAAUUUAAGGAGUGAAUAUUGCAGGAGGUUUUACUACCAUGAGUUCAAGCUUUUAGCCUCUGGGAGAAAGAACUGCUCCAGAAUCAUCAAUGGGGACCUCGAUGAGGUAAGGAACGCUCUCAUUGACAAUUUAAUUGUUGCAAACAGAAGAGUACUCGCCACAGAAAGAGACUACAUGGAAGUUACUAAAGACUGUACACAUUUUAAAAAGAUGAGAAAAUAUGUCCUGUUUAGUUUUAGUGACGAGGAAACAAAUUAUCCCAUUGCCUAUUCCAUGGUGAUCCAUAGUGACAUUGAGAUGUUUGAAAGGCUCUUACGAUCAAUUUACAUGCCUCAGAAUGUCUACUGCAUACAUGUCGACAUGAAAUCUUCUGAAACUUUUUUUGAGGCAGUAAAAGCCAUAGCGUCAUGUUUCCCCAAUGUAUUCGUGUCAUCUAAACGGGAAUCUGUAAUCUAUGCCUCUUGGUCUCGUGUCCAAGCUGAUCUAUAUUGCAUGGAGGACUUGUUGAACAGCAAUGUAGACUGGAAGUAUCUUAUAAAUACCUGUGGAACAGAUUUCCCUUUAAAGACAAACGCCGAAAUGGUUAAAGCAUUAAAGCUUUUAAAUGGCAAAAACAGCAUGGAGUCUGAAAUACCGCCUUCAUAUAAGAAGAUACGAUGGGAAUAUCACUAUGAAAUUAAAAAUUACCCAGUGAGGACCAGUAUACAAAAAAAUCCGCCACCCUUAAAUACUCCAAUUUUUAGUGGCAAUGCUUAUGUAGUGCUUACCAGAGACUUUGUGAAAUCCUUGUUUGAAAACUCUUUAGCAAAAGAAUUAAUAGAAUGGGCUAAGGACACAUAUAGUCCAGAUGAGUAUAUUUGGGCUACUCUGCAAAGGAUACCCGGAAUGCCCGGAUCUGUACCGAAUCACAUCAAAUAUGAUAUGUCAGACUUAAAUGCAUUGGCCAGACUAGUAAAAUGGGAAAGUCUUGAAGGGGACAUGGAACGUGGAGCCCCUUAUUCUGUGUGCACCGGAAAGCACAGAAGAGAAAUAUGUGUAUAUGGAACCGGGGAUUUGCACUGGUUGGUCCAGCAGCACCAUUUCUUUGCUAAUAAAUUUGAUCCACGUGUUGAUGAUCAUGCCAUCCAGUGUUUGGAAGAAUAUUUGAGAUACAAGCUGUUCUAUGGAAAAAAUGUGUAA